UAGAGGCGCGCGGGCCUCAGUCAGUACGCGUCUGUCCAACGCGCGGCCGCGUCCUAACAUUUAGCAGCGAACAAACCGGCCGCAUGCCGGAGAACCAGUCGGCGGGAUGGCGAGUCACGGCGCGCUAGGUACGCCAUGUUGAAACAUGCCCAGCGGCCGCCGGCGGCGAACGAUGCCGACCACCGCUACCAGAACAUGCCGCGGCGGCCGCACCACCACCUGCCCCUCAACGUGUCGACCCUCGACUCGUCCAAGCACUCGGUGGGCGGCACGUCGGCCAGCGUCAGUCCCGGCGCCCAGCCCGUCCUGCCCCCCGCCCCAGUACCCGUGGUGGCGCCGGUACCUAUCUCCUCGCCGCCUAAACUAGCGAACGGGACCGCCACGGGCGUUAUGCCCCCUCGCACCAUAAUCAGACCGAGGAGCGUCCGAGCGGCCACCGAAGAAGCUUUAACCUCGUUAGCUUUACUGUGCCUUGUGAGUUUGCUGCUCGCAUUACUGGCGCUGCUCUUCCUGCUGAAGAUCUCGGCGCCGGCGACCAGUGCUCCCGAGGAGUUCGCUGUGGUGUACGAAGUGACGUUAGCGUUGUGUGCAUUGACACUGUCGUUAAAUCUCUGCUGUCUUCUUGUGUGUGCAAUACAAUUUCUGUUCGCUGUGAAGCUGGUGCACUCGCCCUCGGCGCCGAACGGACGAACAAACAAAUACCUACAGAAGUCAGCUAUAACAAGAGUAUGCGCCAUUGGAGGCUUCUUUAUAUCGAUACCGGUAUUUUUAACAGGCAUAAUACUCUACACGUUCAUUCAGUUCCAUUCGACUCCCGCCAUCGUGACCUCCGUGUUCAUAGGGGUCGGGAUAAUAUUCUGCGGGUGCGCGAUGGUCCACAAUGUCUUCGUCUGGCAGAAGGAGAAGACUAAUCUCGUGAAGGCGUUGAGAACUGCCGAUUUGAAUACGACAACGCCCAACUUAAACGCCUCAAACGGGGUCGUUAUGAAUGGACAUUUGAACAAUACAGGAAUGGGCAAUCUCAGUUUCCAUAGCGUCGCCGGUGGUUCUUAUAAUCAUCCGAUUACAUUGCUACAGCAAGGAGGACCCUAUAUCAUUAGACCUCCCACGAGCACUCCUCCAGGCGAAGGCGCAGUCACACCUGGUGUUCCACCGGCCACGAUCGACCUUAGUCACGACACGCAUGAACUUAGCACAUUAGUUUAGAACUUAAGCUAUUACACUAGUCUUACUAUAGUAUGCUGAACUCAAAUAAAUAUUAUCUCCUAUACUAGAUCAGUGUUCUUUGCAGAUUUAAAGUAAGAGCUGUGUGCUUAGUGCGAGUUUUUUAACGUUCGAGCGUUUCGCUACGUUUGCCGCUAGGGGCGCUGUUCCAACUGCAUACAAAUUUGAGUUAACUUUUACGCUAUCGAGAACGUUAAAAAACUCGCACCAAACGCAUUGGUGACCUUAAUAAUCUAUGAAUAGAAAUUUAAAAGAACAAAGAUCAGCAAAUACCUAAAUGACGUUAAGUAAAUAUUGUGGAGUUUUUUUAUUUAUUGUUUCGAUCACCAGGCUACUCCAAAGCUGUAGAAAAUCAAGCAUACGUUGAAAUCUUUUUUCCACUAUAACAUCGGGUCAAUUGUAAUUUUGCAACCAAAUAGUACAAAAACUACCAUUUCGGAAAAAAAUCCACAGAGCUUACAACAUCGAUUACAAUCGAAGUUAAAUAAGUAGCAACUGUUGGAAGAAUUUAAAUUAUUUAUGCUCGUCUCAUUUUGUAACCAAAUUAGGAAGACGAAGCACGUUUGGCCGAUAUUAUUAAAACGUUGGUGAACCAGCUGAGUGUUGGUGUUUUAAUCAGUGUUAUAACAUUGGCAUCAGUUAUUGUCAUUGUCAUAUCAUCAUUCAAUCAUUGUAUUCCUGAUUAUGAAACUUACUGGCGGCGGUAAGAUUUGUCACAAGCGCGCAGUGAUGGGUAGGACUGUCCUAUCAGAUUUCUGCAAUUAUAAGUUUGAAUAGCAAUUGGCCCAAAGGUAAAAAGGGCAAAAAGACUUCUUGUCUUCAGGUUUACGACGGACAAUAAUGUAGUAUCUGUUUUUUAAAGCCAGUUACUAAGAACUGGGUUGAAAAGACUAAUGGUCAAUAUAAGACUUCAUUAAUGUCAACAACAUUCAUUUUCUAGAAGAAAGUUUUCUGUUUUCUAGUAGUUGUUAUUGGCUUUAUUCUGUUUUGUUGGUCUCGUUUCUGUAUUGUAACAAGACAUGAAAUUAUAUUAUUAUUAACAAAACACAAAUUCUUCUCAGUCGUACACUUGAGGGACUUCUCCAUCUCUCUCUAUCUGUGGCGUUACGUGUACAUUCAGUAAGGGAACACUUUGUAGAUGACUUAAUCAAGUCUGUCCACCUUGUGGAUGAUCGGCCGCGAGAGCGUUGACCGUCUACUCUUCCUUGAAUCACUAAACGUUCCGAUGGGCUUUCAUUACGAAUGAUAUGUUCAAACAUAUAUUAUAAAAUACAAAUAUCAAACUCUGAAAAGUGUUUCGAUAAAAAAAAAGCCUUUAUAUCAUUCAUAAUAAAUAGCACUAUUUUCGAUCCAUCAUAUUUCCUAAUACCUAUUCUGAUGACUUAUUAUUUACUCAACAUUUCCGUAUAAUAUGGCAACAUUAGUCAAAAUUUUCAGUACCAACUCUUAACCUGUUAUAGCAUUUAGACAAUACAAGCAUUGACGGUAGGCAGGGGUUUUGUUAUGCCCCUAAAAUUACGAAUGUCAAUGGGACAUAGUUCACCAUCGGCUAAGUAAGCCCGAUACGAGUUAGUGAAAGACAAUAAAAAACAGCAAGACUAUUAUUAUCGACUUAUUUUCUUUUCGAUUCCCUUUUAAAUUUAAAACUGUAUAUUUCGUCUGUAAAUAUUGUUAUAAAAUAAUAUAUUCUUACUGAAUUAAUUGCCAUUUUUACGCAUAAUUUAUUGUUAGUUUUUUAAGCGGAGUUCAUUUUGUGUCGUGUUUACGUAAAAAAACCAUUUGUAUUCAUUUAAAUCGGAGAUUCCGAAAGCGCUGUAUAAUAUACAGAUUGGCUUUGAAUGUAAAUUCUAGAUUAGACGUGAGUGUAAUUCAUAUUGCGGCCGUCUAUUGUUGAUAGUUGCAAGACAAAAAAAUUUAUUCGUCAUUUAUUAUCGAAUUGUGAUGUAGAGGAUUCUGUCCUCUCUGCGUCCUUUUUUUGAAUCUACGGUCAGUGACUACAGAUAUUAAUUAUCGAGUAUUAGUUUUUAUGAUCAAAGUAUCAGAAGUUCAGCGAGCUCUAAAUUUCGCAAAAUUAUAUUGUAAUUUACACGUAAAAUUUGAACAUUUCUAUUUUAAUAAUAUGAUAUGAAUUUAAUAAUGUUGAUAACUAAACGUGUUCUUUCCCAACUAAUGUUUUUAUUGUGUGUUUGAAAUAACAAAAAGUAACAUUUUAAGAUAAAACAAUAAUCGGUAAAAGAAAAUACGCAUAAUAUUAUCCCACCAAAAUAGUAGAAAUACUCAACAAGAAAAAAAAAAGCUGGCAACAUUACGUAGAAUGUACAUUUGUAAAUAGGCAACAGAGAAACUGGAGGCAUGUAGCUUUAUUUAUUGUAUUUUAUUUUAAAAAAAGAACAGCAUCGACUAUUUGAUUCACUCACAUAUAGAUAAUAAUAAUAUGUAUUCUUGUCUUUGAGAUUAAAAUUAAUAAAACAUUUUUAUGUGAAAA